AUGGCCUCGACAGCAUUCUUGAUUACAUUAGUUGUUGCUGUUGCCAUGGUUACUGCUCCAGCUUUGUCAACUGACCAUUGGGUUGGUGAUGAUCAAGGUUGGGUACUCAACUUUGACUACAAAGCUUGGGCUUCCACCAAAGAGUUCCACGUGGGAGAUACGCUCAUCUUCAAAUACAAGCAAGGAGCUCACAAUGUGUAUAGAGCAGAUCAGCGUGCCUUCCAAAACUGCACAACAAGUAGUUUUAUUACACCCUUAACUUCUGGAAAUGACGUGAUUUCUCUCACAACACCAGGAAAAAAAUGGUACAUUUGUGGAAUAGGGAAGCACUGUGCCAAAGGAAUGAAACUGGCUAUCAAUGUUUUGCCUGAAUUGGGAUCUCCUGCUACUGCACCUUCUCCUAGUGGCCUUGCUUCAUGA